AUGUACCUGGAAUGGGACUCGAACUCGUCUACACCAGCCAAGGAGCAUGGGCAGGGCCGUCAAUACCACUGGCACCACUACCAGCCGGGAAAUGUAACACAAACACGUCAACCUACGGAGUCACCUAGGAUGGAUGCCGCCGCAGAGGGUUACGACCGUGGUGAUCUCGCGGAAGUCCCUCGGGCCAUUGAACGCGCAAUGGAUAUCUGGUCUGCCACGCCACACCAGAACCCUCUGUAUCUCCUCUUCCUAGGUUUGGCCGAGCUCGGCAUUGAUCUGGAUGUCAUUCAGCAAGAGUUGGUCAGGCCGUACUUGUAUCGCUGCUCCCGCUGCUCCAAAUGGUACCGUGAUGAUGAAAACGGUCCCAAGGCAUGUAUCGUCUCCCACAUCCAACCCUGUAUCGUCCCAGACCCGUACGACCCCCGCGAUGGUCCAGGGAUGUGCCACACCAGGUACUACACCUGCUGCGGGACGAUCGUCAGGACGCAUUCGUCUCGUGCCAUCGACGGCGAUGGCGUGUGUUAUGUGGGCCCUCAUACGCCGUUCGAGGAACCCGAUGCCCAAGGCCAGCCCGACGCCCAGGCACAUCUGCACCCGUAUGCGCUCGCGCGUCCCCCAGCUGAGCCAGCAAUGGACGUUCCUCCUGCACCGGCCCCCCACCCCACGUUUUGGCCUGCAGGCGAUGUCGGGGCCACGCCUCCGCACCCGCAUCAGCCCACGCCUGCAAUGGUAAAUCCUGCUGCUUCCGUAGCGUCCGAGCCUGUCUGCGCGAGCCCCGUCUUCCCUGCCCCGACAAGGGCGGGCACUCACCUCGACGCCGCUCCGUGGCGGCCAGGAUUGCAUAUGCCGAGCUCGGACCAGACCCGGAGCGCGAGCCCGCGGCCUUCCCCGAAGAUAUACACGACGCUUCCUUGGAAGGAGUCUAGCUUGUAUCAUCCGCCAGGCUGGAUCGAGGUCCCGGCAUCCCUGCGCGAGCAGUCGUUCAUGUAG